AUGUCCUCUUCUCUUAUUGAUGAUGCUAAACGUCGGGCUGCUUAUAAAGCAGUUGACGAAUAUAUACCUCCAACAACAAAAGUUGUCGGAAUAGGAUCCGGUUCAACAGUUGUCUAUGUAAUCGAGCGUAUUCUCCAACGAGGUAAAGAAGCAAACAAUAAUGUUGUAUUCAUUCCCUCUAGUUUUCAAUCGAAGGAAUUAAUAGUACAACAUGGACUGACGCUGGGUGAUGUUGAUGCGUACCCCGAGAUUGAUGUAACAAUUGAUGGAGCAGAUGAGGUAGAUGAGCAUCUCAACGCCAUCAAAGGUGGAGGAGGAUGUCAUCUAAGAGAAAAGGUUAUUGCUGAGGCUGCCAAGAAGUUUAUUAUCGUCGCUGAUCAUAGGAAAAAUUCAAAGGUUUUGGGAGAGAACUGGACACGGGGCGUGCCUAUUGAAGUCAUUCCAUUUGCGUAUACGCGUGUAAUCAUGGCGUUGAAAACGUUAGGAUGCGGCAACCCCGUACUAAGAAUGGCUAAGGCGAAGGCUGGUCCCGUUAUAACUGACAACGGGAAUUUCGUAAUUGAUGCACAUUUCGGAUUGAUUCAUGAUCCCGACGAUUUAAUGAGAAAGAUCAAGAUGUUGACAGGAGUCGUCGAGGUUGGACUAUUCGUACGCUUAGCACAAAUCGCUUACUUUGGAAAUGAAAACGGAUCUGUGACUGAGAAAAAGAGUGUCUUAUAUGAGACAGAAUAG